UUUUAAUUUUAAAAUAUAAGAUAAAAACUGAACUAAUUUAUAAAAUAUUCAUCACAAAAGUGCAUUGAUUAGACACAUAAAACGUUAACUUGAAAGACACUUCACUUAUAGUAGUAGUCGUCGUAGGUUUGUGUAGUAUUUUCCUGUUUACAUUAACAUUGUAAUAAUUACUAAGUAGGUAGCUUUGGUACAAGUUACAACCCCAAUAAGUGUUUGCGGUUUGUAGAGAGCAUUAACUAUUUAAAAGAAUUUAUUUAUAUUUUAAAACCAAUGGAUAUCAUUAUAAAAGUUAAUAACCAAUCAAAUGGGAGAGACAAACUUGCAAGGUUAAUACAGUACACAAGUCGUCUUGUAUGGCAUCAACUAGAGUCUCGACACGCAAAUAAAUACUCUGUUGACAGGAUUAAAAGCCUCGAGAAUACUUUCAGUACUUUUAGAAAAGUUCUAAGAUUGGGAAGGUGUGUCGACAUCUUUUAUAUUGCAUUAAAUACAAUGAGUAUAGAUGACCCAAUUAUAAGGACAUCAAUGACACUAAGUAAAGUUGCUCAUGGGUUAUUUCUAUUCGCGGAUCACAUUGUAUGGCUCACAAAAAGUGGGUUUUUGAAAACAGAUGCAGAUAGUUGGAACACAACUGCUUAUAAAUUUUGGUUGCUCUCAAUCAUAGCUAAUUUAGUCCGAGAUGUCUACGAAAUAAUGCACAUUCUUGAUAUUAACAGCUCAAAAUUGCUGAGACCAUCUUAUUUACUAAACAAUGCUUUGAAGACAGAUUUCUACACAAGACUAAAGCAUAUGCAAACAUUUCUUAAUUGCCAUCAAGAUGUUUUUAUUGAUACAUUGAAGAAUUCUUGUGACAUCUUCAUACCCUUGACUGCGUUGGGUUUCACCAGAUUCAGCCCGAGUGCUGUGGGUGCUUUUGGUGCAAUUUCGUCUAUAGCUGCACUGGCAACUAUUGUAAAACCAUUGCAUAAAUUGGCCUCCUCAUAAUUGAUUUAUGCCUUCCAAUAUACUAAAAACUAG